AUGUUCAAAACUACAAAUAGAUUCUUAUCGUUUGGACGUCCAUUGCUUAACCAAACAGUUGCACCAUCAAGUGCUGUGCCUCGUUUUCAUGUGAAACUUGCCGCAACCCAAUUUACCGAACCAGGUGCCAAUAGACGUAGAGAAAGAAGAUUAAGAAGAACAGAAAAGAGAAUGAAAAAGCAAAUUAUUAGAGAUGUUAAUACCUUGAAACAAUACGAAGUCAAAAAUGUUCCACUUACAGUUGAUCCAGUAUUGGGGGACUCAAAAUGUACUUUUAUUCCAAGGAUCAUGGAAAAGGUUGACAACCAGGAAUUGACUUUAGCUUAUGGCAUUGACAGGGCUGAAUUUGAAAAGCUUUUGUAUGCUGCUGAAAAAAUUGCACUUGAAAAUGCAUCAAACAAUGAAGCUUUGCGUGAAUCUGUUAUUGAAACAGAAGAAAACAAAAAACGUGCUGUCUUGACUAUACUUAAUUUGAAGAAUACCAACACUCCAGACAGAAAGAAGAUGGCCAUCAAAUUUGCUCGUGAAGAAAUGCAAAGAGACUCUGGUGACACUGCCUCUCCGGAAGUUCAAGCUGGUAUUUUAACUGUUAAAAUACAUUACGGUAUGCAACAAGUGAAGAACAUGCCAAAGGACAAAAUCAAUAUUCAAAAUGUUAGAGAACUUGUGCAACAUAGACAAAGGCUCUUGAAGUACUUGAAGAAACAAGAUCCAAAGAAGUAUUAUUAUACCAUUGCCAAAUUGGGUUUAACAGACGAUGCUGUCGUUAGAGAAUUCAACAUGAGUAAACAAUAUAUGCAAGACUUUAAAGUUUGGGGCGACAAAGUUUUGGUUAGAGAAACCAACAGUGUUGCUAAGAAGAACCAAAAGAUCAAGGAUCUUAAGAAUAGAAUUGCUGCAUACAAUGAUUUGGCCAAGAGAAACUACGAAAUUUUGACUGGCAACAAAUAG